AUGGAGACUCGUAUGAUAACCUUGAAACAAAUAGUUCUGACCUUGCUACUCUGCAUAACCCAAGUCAUUGGUAUACAAUUAGAUACCAGCUCGAAAGAUUCAAUUUGUGAUGCUACGAGUCUGAUUCAGGACGGUAUGCUUGAUUACUACGAUGGUACAAGAAAUGGUGGUAUAGUAGGAAUGUUUCAAUCUCCAUAUUAUUGGUGGCAAGCUGGUGAAGCCUUCGGUGGUAUGAUAGAUAAUUGGUACUUUUGCAACAAUAAUACUUACGAAAAUCUAAUUUACGACGCUUUGAUUGCCCAAACCGGUGAUCAUUACGACUAUAUGCCAGGAAACCAAACCAUGGUCGAAGGUAAUGAUGAUCAAGGAGUUUGGGCGCUUACCGUAAUGGGUGCAGUGGAACGUAAUUUUACCAACCCAACAGGUGGCAGGCCUGGUUGGUUGGCAAUGGUCCAGGCAGUUUUCAAUCAGAUGUACUCUAGAUGGGAUACAGGCGCUUGUGGUGGUGGUUUAAGAUGGCAAAUCUUCACCUGGAAUAGUGGCUAUAAUUAUAAGAAUACCAUCUCCAACGCGUGUUUAUUUCAAAUUGCUGCAAGAUUAGGUAGAUAUACAGGUAAUACCACUUAUUUGGAUAUUGCAGAGAAAGUUUUUAACUGGCUUGUUGAAGUUGAAUAUGUUGUGUUAAAAGACCAAGGUAAUGUUUUCGAUGGCGCUGAAACGGAUGACAAUUGCAGCAAUAUCAUUAGAUUUGAGUGGUCCUACAAUCAUGGUGUAGUUCUGGGAGGAUUGGCAUAUAUGUAUAAUGCGACGAAUGGCUCAUCAACAUGGGAGACACGCGUACAACAAAUCCUGGGAGGUGCUCAGGAAUAUUUCUUCAAUGACAGUAUCAUGUACGAAAGUACGUGCCAAAGAGGAUCCACCAUUACGUGUAAUAACGAUCAAAGGUCUUUCAAAAGUAUCUUUUCGCGUAUGUUAGGUUUAACAAGUGUUUUAGUUCCAUCUACCUCAUCAAGUAUUGAUAAUUUAUUGAGAGCAAGCGCUGAAGGUGCUGCUGGGUCUUGUACAGGUGGUUACGAUGGCCAUACAUGCGGAUUGAGUUGGCUGACCAGUAGUAAUGAUGGUAUUUACGGUUUGGGUGAACAAAUGUCUGCACUGGAAGUCAUGCAAAAUUUGCUAAUUCAUGACAAACCUCCUCCAUUCAAAACUGACAACGGUGGUUCUUCAUCUGGUGAUGCAAGCGCUGGUUUAAACACUACAACCACGAAUGUUUUAAGGAAUGAACUGGAUAUCACGACUUCAGAUCGUGCGGGUGCAGCUGUUGUUACUGCUGUAAUAUUACUAGUACUCAUUGGGGGAUCCAUUUGGAUGCUGUUUUAG